UUCAUAUACACCAGAAGACUCUUCUCUUCUCUUCACUUUGGUUGUUCUAUAGAUAGAAGAAUUGAAGAUUUGAAGAUAUAUAUUUUGUUUGUUCAAAAAUUCAUCAUGCACAUAUAGAACUCUUGAUUUGUAUGUGGAUGGUAAUUAAAGAAAAUUAAUGGAGGUAAAUGGGAAAUCAUUGGAGAGGAUAGUGUCAUUGAAGGCUCUACAAAUGGGGAAUUCAUUUUCAUGCAAAAUAUGUGUGUUUGGAUUUCUAUGUGGAGUAUGUCUCACUUCUCUCUUUCUUGCUGCCCUCACUUCUUUUGGCUCUUUUGAGUUCACCCCUAAUUCCACUUCCUAUUUCCUCAAUGCAUUUACCGGCCGGGAAUGUGACACUAAACAGCAAACAGGCAAAAAGAUGUUGAUUUCACAAAAUGUUAUCGAGCUCCAAGUCAAUGAUCCAGUCAACACAAUCUACUCGGCUUGGAGCGCAAUGCUAAACAAGUCAAGCACCGGUGAAAAUCUGUUCCAACAGAACAUAAAAACUGACGGAUUUAAGGUACCUACACCUCCUCAUUUGGAAAACUGUAAAUCAACGAAUAAAGCCAACCGGCUUCUCGAUAAACGUAUGGAAAAUGGGGAAUUACCGCCAUGGACAAUGUGGAAAGGUUUCUUGAAUAACUUCCCUUUAUCAACUAAAGAUGAGCAACAAGGGUAUAAUAGUCAUCAAGUCAUCUCCAAAGGUGCUUACCCUCCAUGGAUAAAAGGGUCUGACGAAGAAAAUUAUCCGCUAACAAGGAAAGUGCAACGCGAUAUAUGGGUGCACCAACAUCCUGUGAAUUGUAGUGAUCCAAAUGUGAGGUUUCUUGUUUCAGAUUGGGAGAGAAUACCGGGAUUUGGUAUGGGCGCCCAAUUUGCUGGCAUGUCCGGGCUUCUUGCAAUUGCCAUUAACGAAAAAAGGGUACUUGUCACCAAUUAUUAUAAUCGAGCUGACCAUGAUGGUUGUAAAGGUCCAUCGAGGUCCAGUUGGUCAUGUUAUUUUUUUCCGGAGACAUCACAAGAAUGUAGGGAGCGAGCGUUUGAGCUCGUGAACGAAAAAGGGGCGUGGGAGAACGGAAUAGUCACGGUGAAAGAAAAUUACACAACAAAGCAAAUAUGGACUGGCUCUAUCCCACGAGUAUGGGGCAGUCCUUGGAGUUACAUGCAACCAACAACUGAAAUCAAUGGCAAGUUAAUUGGGUAUCAUAGGAAAAUGGACCAGAGAUGGUGGCGAGCACAGGCUUUGCGUUACCUUAUGCGGUUUCAAACAGAGUACACAUGUGGUUUACUAAACAUAGCACGACACUCUGCAUUUGGAUGGGAAGCCGCCAAGUUGGCUCAUUCGUACCGUAUUUCAGAAUAUGACGAGGAGAACACGGAAGCUUCUAGGUCUGCAAUAGAAGAAUACGUAUGGUCAAAUCACGAGCCAUGGACACCAAGGCCGUUGGUGAGUGUACAUGUAAGGAUGGGAGACAAAGCAUGUGAAAUGAAGGUGGUUAAGUUUGAAGAAUACAUGCGUCUUGCUAACAGAAUCAGACAUCGUUUCCCUCAUUUGGAACGCAUUUGGCUCUCCACCGAGAUGCAGGAAGUGAUUGAUAAGACACCACUGUAUGCAAAUUGGAAGUUCUACUUCUCUGACGUGAGACGCCAAGUAGGAAACAUCACAAUGGCAGUAUAUGAAGCAAGCCUCGGUAGAGAAACCAGUACUAAUUAUCCGCUUGUUAACUUCCUGAUGGCAACUGAAGCUGAUUUCUUCAUUGGAGCAUUGGGUUCUACAUGGUGUUUUCUGAUAGAUGGAAUGAGAAACACUGGUGGGAAGGUAAUGGCCGGUUACCUCAGCGUUAACAAAGACCGGUUUUGGUGAAAAAGAAUUUCUCAAUGUAGCAAAUGUUGAACGUGGUUCGUAAUAGUCGAUAGUCUAGUUAGACUUAGGAUAUGUACGAGUAGUUGUAUCUUUCAGUUUCCUCUUGUAUAGUGUACAAAAGAAUUAUGCAUAAAAAAAAAAAUUUACAACAUAUAUAAUAAAUGUUAUCAUAGAUUGAGGAAUUCA